UCCAGGCCCGUCGCCCCGGCCAUGAGCUCCACGCAGUUCAACAAAGGACCUUCCUACGGCCUGUCUGCAGAGGUCAAGAACCGGCUCCUGUCCAAAUAUGACCCUCAGAAGGAGGCAGAGCUGCGCAGCUGGAUUGAGAGACUCACGGGACUGUCCAUCGGCGCUGACUUCCAGAAGGGUCUGAAGGAUGGGGUGAUCUUAUGCACACUGAUGAACAAGCUGCAGCCUGGCUCAGUCCCCAAGAUCAACCGCUCCAUGCAGAACUGGCAUCAGCUAGAAAACCUCUCCAACUUCAUCAAAGCCAUGGCGAGCUACGGCAUGAACCCCGUGGACCUGUUUGAGGCCAACGACCUGUUUGAGAGCGGGAAUAUGACACAGGUGCAAGUGUCUCUUCUGGCCCUGGCGGGGAAGGCCAAGACCAAGGGCCUGCAAAGUGACGUGGACAUUGGCGUCAAGUACUCGGAGAAGCAAGAGCGGAACUUUGACGAUGCCACCAUGAAGGCCGGCCAAUGUGUCAUCGGGCUCCAGAUGGGUACCAACAAGUGUGCCAGCCAGUCGGGCAUGACGGCGUACGGCACCAGGAGGCACCUCUAUGAUCCCAAGAACCACAUCCUGCCUCCUAUGGACCACUCCACCAUCAGCCUGCAGAUGGGCACCAACAAAUGUGCCAGCCAGGUUGGCAUGACAGCUCCGGGCACCCGGCGCCACAUCUAUGACACCAAGCUGGGAACUGACAAGUGUGACAACUCAUCCAUGUCUCUGCAGAUGGGCUACACGCAGGGUGCCAACCAGAGUGGCCAGGUGUUCGGGCUGGGCCGCCAGAUCUAUGACCCCAAGUACUGCCCACAGGGUCCUGCAGCUGAUGGGGCUCCAGUUACUGACUGCCCGGGUUCUGGGGACACUGAGUUCCCCACCUACUACCAGGAUGAGGCAGGCUACUGAGGCAUCCUGGUGGGGGGAAGGGGUGACUCCCACAACCGCCUUCCUCUUUUUUUCUGGGGUUCCUCCUUUUAUUUCCUAUUUUUUUGGGGGGCCAUACCUGGCAGUGCUCUGGGCUGACUCCUGGCUCUCUGCUCAGAGAUUACUCCUGCUGGUGCUCAGGGGACCCUAGGGGAUGCCAAUGAUCAAACCCGAGUGGGUUGUGUGUAAUGCCAGCAUUCUCUCACCAUUCCACUUUUGCCCUGUUCACCCCCUUUUUAAUUAUUGUCAGUAUAUGGAGGCUGCUGGAUUGGGGAAGUCAUGUCCAAAUGCUGGGGGUGGGGUGGGGAGAAUGGACCAAGCUAGGUAGUCAAUUUCCUGGCCGGCUCUGGAGGUAAAGAAUCAACGUGGGGCCCCCCAAAAAUGGUUUCCUUUUGCUUCUCCUCAUCUUCCCUUUUUUAGUCGAAUCAGUUAGUGGUUUUUGCACCCACAGAGGUUUCAAGCAGUGAAACGAAAGUAAAAGAAAAAUAAUUCUUUUCUGAGGAAGGGGUGGGGGUUGAGAAAGGAAGCAGGUUCUUGGAAUUUUUCUCUUUCCGGUGUUCUGAAGAGCUCUGGCCACUCACAAGGACCCAGUAUUCAGAUUAAAAUCCCGGGCAGUACAACAGAAUUCCUCGUGGCUGAA